AUGGACGGACCGAAAGGCGCCAAGAAGAGGAAACUCCUCGACAAGUCCAUCCCAAAUGUUAUCCUACAAAACCCCGAGUUCGCGCAGGAUUCGAAGAUGUACCAGGACUUACUCGAGAUGGAGCGGAAGCUCGACUGGACAAUGAUGAGAAAGAGGGCUGAGGUGCAAGAUGCGCUCGGGAGGACACCAACUACAAUACGCACAUUGCGAAUAUUCCUCAGCCACACGGUGUCAGGUCAGCUGUGGCAGACUGGGGGCGACAUUGGGACCAUCGCGAACUUUGAGACUGGUGAGGGUAUCCCUGCGUGGUCGUUCAAGAUCGAGGGUCGGUUACUAGAGGUGCCCAAUCAAAGAAACAGGGACAAGACACCGCAGAGGAAGUUUUCAACUUUGAUAAAGAGGAUGGUUGUUGAGCUAGACCGGGAUCCAACGUUGUACAACGACGGAAACAUCGUCGAGUGGCCACGAGCGCCUGGACACCAUAACCCAGCCCUUGAUGGCUUCACGAUACGACGGACAGGCGACACGCCCACAAAAAUACGUAUCGUUAUGUACUUGGAACAUUUCCCUGAGCAGUACAAGGUUCUUCCUGAACUAAGCAGUAUAUUGGGAAUCAAAGAAGACAGUCGACUUGGCGUCAUCCAGACGUUGUGGAACUACAUCAAGCUACAGGGCCUUCAAGACAAGGUCGAUCGUCGACUCAUUCGUGCGGACGAGAGGCUCAGGCCGCUCUUCGGAGGAGAUUCGAUUAGCUUCCAAAAACUGCCUGAAAUCGUGAAUCGAUAUCUUACUGCCCCGGACCCCAUCAUCCUACAUUAUAACCUGAACCCCGCUGUCCCACCACCUGAUCGGGCUUCUGCAUGGGACGUGGAACUCAAGAUGGAGGACACGGCACUCAAGACCCGCAUGGCCGUCACUGUAAGCGCGAGCAAGGAAUCGGCGCAGACAAUGCUUAAGCUCGACGAGGAGAUCGCCCUCCUUGCCCAAUCGCUGCAUAAUUCGCACAUGAAGCACACCUUCCUCGAGUCGUUUGCCGAGGACCCCGCGCGCUUCAUCCAGACGUGGCUGGAGUCCCAGUCGCGCGACCUCGAGAGCAUCCUCGGCAGUGGGCCGACGGAGGGUGCAACGGUUCGCCAAGAGGAGCUCAAACGCAGCGAGUUCUUCCAACUCCCUUGGGUGGAGGAGGCUGUCGCCAUUCAAGAAGGAGUUCGCUUGGCAGCGAAGACUGCCACUUGA